AUGGAGUCCACUAGACACCAGUCACGUAUUGUGAGCUAUGCCGGCCGUCAUCUUUCGAAAAUGCCGACCCUCCACAAGGACCCACCAAUCUGCACAUUAGAUUUGUCCAAUAACAAUUUUACAAAUUUCGAAGGUUUAAUUUCUAUGCCUUCCCUUCGCGUUUUGAGAUUUGAUGGCUGCCCAAUUACCUCUUUUGCAGGAGGAAAGCAGCAAUUAAGUCUACAGACGUUUUCAAUUAAAAAUUCUCCAAUUUCAAAACACAAAUACUUUUCAGCGAUGGCGUUAGCUGUUUUCGGACGCAACAUCGAAACACUUAAUGGUGUUCAUGUUUCAGAGAAAAUGAGAAACGACGCUCAAAUAAUUCGUACAAAAGCUUUGCACUUUUUACAGCGUGACUACAUUGUUCGCAAACUCGAACCUCUUGAGGUAUGGAAGCCAGGCGAAACAGAAGCUUUCAUAGUAGAUCUUGAGAAAGACGAAUUCGAACAAAAAGAGAAGCAACUUGCUGAUCUUGACGCUGAAAUUGCAGAACUCAAGGCUCAGCUUGCCAAGAAGAAGGCUGAAAGGAAGCUAGUAAUGAAGAAGAAAACGCCAAAGAAGAAAGAAUUGGUCGAUGAAAAAGGAAUCGACCAAAAUGCCGCUAAUGAGAUUUCCAAUGUUCAGCAUAACGAUUCUACAGAGGAAGAAGAGGAAAAGAAACAAGAAAAUAUUGUUGCUGAAACAGAACCUAAAGAACAAGCCAAAGAAGAAGAGGAAAAGCUUGAAGAACAAGAAACUACUCAAAUUAUGGCUCCAGAAGAGGAAGAGGAAGCAAAAGAAGAAAAUAAAGUCGAAGAUGAGGCCGAAGAAAAGAAACUCGAGGAAGAAGAGAAGAAAGAAGAAAACGAAGUUGUUAUUCCUGACGAACUGAAGCCAGUUGAAGAGGAAGAAAAGAAUGAUGAAGAAAUUAAGGAAGAAAAUAUCGAAGAAAAGGCCGAGGAAGUCAAAGAAGAGGAGCCAAAACCAGAGGAAGUCCCAGUAGAAGAAACAAAAGAAUCUGAAGAACAAAAUGAAGGAAAAGUCGAAGAAAAGAAGGAAGAAAAUAUCGAAGAAAAGGCCGAGGAAGUCAAAGAAGAGGAGUCAAAACCAGAGGAAGCCCCAGUAGAAGAAACAAAAGAAUCUGAAGAACAAAAUGAAGGAAAAGUCGAAGAAAAGAAGGAAGAAAAUAUCGAAGAAAAGGCCGAGGAAGUCAAAGAAGAGGAGUCAAAACCAGAGGAAGCCCCAGUAGAAGAAACAAAAGAAUCUGAAGAACAAAAUGAAGGAAAAGUCGAAGAAAAGAAGGAAGAAAAUAUCGAAGAAAAGGCCGAGGAAGUCAAAGAAGAGGAGCCAAAACCAGAGGAAGUCCCAGUAGAAGAAACAAAAGAAUCUGAAGAACAAAAUGAAGGAAAAGUCGAAGAAAAGAAGGAAGAAAAUAUCGAAGAAAAGGCCGAGGAAGUCAAAGAAGAGGAGCCAAAACCAGAGGAAGCCCCUGUUGAACAGCAACAGAAAGAAGAAAAUCUUCCGGUUGAAGAAGAAAAACCAGUUAAAGAAGUAGUCAAGGACGAAGAAGAGGAGGAUAGCAUUGAUGACGACAUUCUUAAAUUAGUAGCAAAUCGACCGGAAGAGGACGAUUUCAUGGAGGAAGACGAAAACCAGCCAAAACAAGAAUCAAAGCUAUUAGAAGAUGAUGACAACGAUAAUGAAAAUAUUAAAUUACUCAACGAUGAUGCCAACUCCGAUGAUAUCAUAAACCCAGAUGAUCUCGAAAAUCCAAAGGACAAUCAACAAACUACAGAAACACCUAACGAAAAUGAGCAAAAUACUAUCAAAAGCCAACCAGAAAAUAAACCGAAAGAAGAGGAAGAAGAUGAUAUCCAAUUACCAAGCUUAGGCAGUACAGAUAAUGCUGAAACACAAGAUUCUAAGGACGAAGAAGGUCUUCCAGGCGCUGAUGUUAUUGAAUCAAAUACAAACACAAAUCAAAACGUAGAAACAGCAAAUGAUGACGAUGAAACAGAUAAAUUCUUCGAACAAUACUAA